AUCCUAAAUUGAGAUGUAUAAGCAUGAAACUUGACUUUCGCUCGCCUCCAGAGUUUGUUGUUGAUGUAAGAAAGAGCACGGGACACGCGCAGCUACCUAACUGACAGUUGACCUGGUUUGAAUUUAAGUCACAUCGUCUCCAGCGACGCUUAUUUUCUGGAUGCAGGGUUCAAUAUGAUGUGAAAAGGCUGCUUCCCCCGGUUGCCCUAAUUCCUAUUUGCUUGUUUGUUUGUUUUUUCGUUAGUCUUUCGUCAGCAAACUUCCUUAAAAGUCGGCUUGAUAGGAAGAAUAUUGCAGUGAGUUUUUGUGGAAACGCGGGCUACCCGCAAUCACCAGACCGUUGGGAGCACUGUUGUUGACCUGUAAUACUCCACAGUAUCUUGAGACAGAGCUGUCAAGACUAACACUGACAGAAUUGAACCCUUCACUGCAUGUUUUAGGUGCCGACCAUCGCUCUGAAGGUGCUGACCCUCCUCUGUGGAUCCAACAAGCCUGCAUCCUUGCCUUUCCUCUUGUUAUGCCAAGGCAAAGGACGGCCGGGUGAAGGGGCACGAGGAGAAGAGUGGGAGGAGGAGGAGGAGAAGAAGAAGGAAGCUUGCCUGGAUGAAAUUCUGUGUCAUGUCACUACGUGUGAACCUUGACUGAUCACAGGGUGAGGAAAAGGGAGAGAGACAUUGAGAGGAAGACGAGGAGGAGAGAGAGAGAGAGAGAGACAGCGUAGGAGAAACUGAGACUUUGGUUUCACUGGGAAAGAAGAAGAAGAAGAAGAAGCAGGAGGAGGAGGAGGUAAAGUCUGGUGCUCCGUUUUAUCAUGACAUUGUUGGAUAGACGAACCAACGGAUUGAGCACUCUUCAGUUGUGUGUCAACAGGAAUUUGCAUUAGAAGACAGAGAGAGGGAGAGCUGGGAAGAAAACAAGGCGAGAGACUCUGGAAGAGUAAAGACUGCUGUGUUCAGCCGAGCUAAGGAGCAGAGACUGGACUUACUGAGUGUGUGAGUGUGUGAGUGUGUGAGUCUGUGUGUGUGUGGCUGUGUAACCGGUGGAGGGCAGAGGAGUGGAGGGCCAGGGGACUAACCUGGCCAUCAAACGGACUGGCAGCCUCUCCUCUCCUGGGAUCAUGUACCCUCAGGGCAGGCAUCCGGUCCCCUUGCAGCCUGGCCAGUCUUUCAAGUUCACAGUCCUGGAAACUCUGGACCGAAUCAAGGAGGAAUUCCAGUUCCUCCAGGCUCAGUAUCACAGCCUGAAGCUGGAGUGUGAGAAGCUGGCCAGUGAGAAGACUGAGAUGCAGAGGCACUACAUCAUGUACUAUGAAAUGUCCUACGGUCUCAACAUUGAGAUGCACAAGCAGGCGGAGAUUGUCAAGCGUCUCAGUGCCAUCUGUGCUCAGAUCAUCCCUUUCCUGUCUCAAGAGCACCAGCAACAGGUGGUCCAAGCAGUGGAGAGAGCCAAGCAGGUCACCAUGGCAGAACUCAAUGCCAUUAUCGGGCAGCAGCAGCUCCAGCACCUGUCUCACCAUGCCCCUGGCAUCCCCCUGACGCCACACCCAUCAGGCCUGUCCCUGGGUGCGGGCGGCUCAGGGCUUCUAGCGCUGACCGGGGCCCUGGGGGUCUCAGCCCACCUUGCGUCCAAAGAGGAGCGCAACCACCUUGACCCGGAACAUCUGCGAGAGGGAGCACCCAGCAGGAGUAAGUCAGUCUCAUCAACAGACAGUCAGCCCACUGAUGAGCGCCAGGGCCCAUCAGGAGGCUACUCCUCCUCGCAGGGAGGAGCAGAAGCCAAGAGGAGGCGCUGUGACGACAAGGAACCUCUCCCACCGCAUUCCUAUGACAGUGAUGGAGACAAGAGUGAAGACAAUCUUGUGGUGGAUGUCUCCAAUGAGGAGCCUAACUCUCCUGCGGGCAGCCCUCCUCACUCCCCCCACGGGAACGGAUUAGACCGGGCUCCCACCCUGAGGAAAGAACUCCCAGGCUCCUCGAGCACAGGAGAGGCCCCCUCCACCCCAAACCCCCGUAGCCCCACCCCAGGCAAGUCCAAGGACCCUGCACAGAUGGAUAAGUCCCAGUCUCCGUUGUCUAAGUCUGGCACCCCAUCCCCAUCCCACCGUGAGGCUCUUACCCCUGGAGCACCAGGAGCCCCAGGAGCUCCUGGUCCUAGCACCUCCUGCCUUCGUCUGGUCAGCAAAGCACCGACCAGUGCAGACCCUCUUGCUCUCCGCAGUCCCAUGUCUGUGCCCCCCGGUUCAUACCCGGCUCAUUUUGGCGUGGUGUCCCACGCAGGACUGAAUGGGGAGCUGGCCAGCCCAGGAGGUUUUGGUGGGGCUCUAACUCUCUCCCCACAAAUCAGCGCAGCGGCUAGCGCCUACUCCCGAAGCCCCAUGGUGGCUUAUGACUCGCGGUCUCACCUGAGAGCGCCAGGGCUGCCCUCCUCUCUGCCUGGCUCCUCUGGUGGAAAGCCCGCCUACUCGUUCCACGUGAGCGCAGACGGCCAGAUGCAGCCGGUGCCCUUUCCCCCGGACGCCCUGCUGGGCCCGGGGAUUCCUCGCCACGCCCGUCAGAUCCACACCCUAAACCACGGAGAGGUGGUGUGCGCCGUCACCAUCAGCACCUCGACGCGCCACGUCUACACCGGAGGAAAGGGCUGCGUCAAGGUGUGGGACAUCAGCCAGCCAGGCAGCAAGAGCCCCAUGGCCCAGCUGGACUGUCUGAACAGGGACAACUACAUCCGUUCCUGUAAAAUCCUCCCUGAUGGGCGAACCUUGAUUGUCGGCGGGGAGGCCAGCACACUGUCAAUCUGGGAUUUGGCCACACCCACUCCCCGCAUCAAGGCAGAGCUGACAUCGUCUGCUCCCGCCUGCUACGCUCUGGCCAUCUCCCCUGACAACAAGGUCUGCUUCUCCUGCUGCAGCGAUGGCAACAUCGUCGUCUGGGACCUUCACAACCAGACGCUGGUCAGGCAGUUUCAGGGCCACACAGACGGAGCGAGCUGCAUUGACAUUUCCAACGACGGCACCAAACUGUGGACGGGAGGACUGGACAACACAGUCCGCUGCUGGGACCUCCGAGAGGGACGCCAGCUCCAGCAACAUGACUUCACCUCGCAGAUCUUCUCUCUGGGCUACUGUCCGACAGGCGAGUGGCUGGCUGUGGGAAUGGAGAGCAGUAACGUGGAAGUCCUGCAUGUCUCCAAACCUGACAAGUACCAGCUGCACCUCCAUGAGAGCUGCGUUCUCUCCCUCAAGUUUGCCUACUGCGGCAAGUGGUUCGUGAGCACAGGUAAAGACAAUCUGUUGAAUGCAUGGAGGACACCAUAUGGAGCUAGUAUUUUCCAGUCCAAGGAGUCCUCGUCUGUGCUGAGCUGUGACGUUUCCCCGGACGACAAGUACAUAGUGACGGGCUCCGGGGACAAGAAGGCCACGGUGUAUGAGGUGGUGUACUGAGGGCCGGAACGAGAUGGCAAGGGACAGGAAGGAGACUUUGGGGUGGUUUUUGGGGGAUGGAAGUGGCGUGCCCAGUUGCCCUGCCAGCUGCUCCCAAUCCUCAUUACAUCUGCAGCAGUGGCACCUCCAUCUAAGUCCUCUUGAGUCCUCCUGACCCUCACCCCUAAUACAUCACCCCCUCUCCCCCUUUUUGCUGUGAUAUAAGCUACUGUGGAAGCUCCCAAAUGCCCCUUCCCCUCCUCCGCCUUCCAAUUUUAUCCCAAGGAUGAGGCAUGAUAGCACAGAGAGAGAGAGAGGCAGAAAAGAAACAGUAAGAUAAGAAGGACAAAGGAAAAGGGCGGUGGAGCAUAAAGAUAAAGUCAAGAGGAGAAAGAGGGGAAAGACGAGAAGGAAAAGAAAUGAAAGGGAGGAAGAGGAGGAGGAGGAGAAGGAGGAGGAGGAGGAGGGAGGCAGGGUAAUUAGGGCUGUUUCCUGAUUAAGAGCUCAGUGGAAGGGAGGCCCUCAGAGGAGGCGCUGAGCAGCACUGUGGGAGCGCCAGCCAGGAGCACUGAUACCACACAAUCGAUUCAUUAGCCAGACAGUGGAAGCCUUAAUGAGGCUGACGCCGCAGCUCGCUCUCCCCAGCGAGAGGUGUCAGGAGCUGGGGAACGAUGACGCCCUGAGAUGGAGGGGGCCGCUUCAGAUAUCCACAUACACUGACAUGAAACAUAGACCUGCUCUCCCUCUGUCUCUCUCACACACACACACACACACACACACACACACACACACACACACACACACACACACACACACACACACACACAAGGUGCAAGAAUACACACAAACACUUGCAUAGACCCCCUUGAGGUAAUCGCAGGAAGAGAGAAACACACAACACACGGAGCACCCAAUUAAACAUUCAUCGCCACGCGCCCCAUCUCACUGCUUAAUAUCUAUUUUAUUUUGGUCUGACAAAGGCAGCAUCUAAUGAGCAGCGGAGUCAAUGGGAUCCUCCCAGGGCCCAGAGACACAAACAGAGAACAUCAGCUGGGCUGUUCCUCCUAAUGCCUCUGGAUUGUUCUCCUGACACCGGGCGCUGCACUCACUCUCAUUAAAGGCACUGUCAGCUAGAUGAAGUAGCAGCACGGCUACUUCACUGUACGGCAGACAAGAGGGCAAAUUAACACCAUUCGAUUACGCUAUCAUCAGCAGCCAAGUGAGCAGCGACUAAUCCGAUUCUUUUCAAAUUUUAUGCAACUGGUUGCUGUUUUCAUUUACCAGAUGAGAUUACAUGUUUAUCGGAGUCAUUAUCUCCAUCUCUGCCUGCCUGCUGAUGUGCUAGUGUUCAAAGUGCUCUGGCUAAAUCUUGUUUGAUAAGCUAUUGAUUGCUAUUAAUUGAGAUGCUAAACAACUUAACGGAAAAGUUCAACAUUUUGUGAAUUACGCUUAAUUGCUUUCUUGUGGAGAUUUAGAUGAGAGGAUUGAUACCACUCUCAUAUAUGCUAAGCAUGAAGCCACCGCCAGCAGCCUGCUAAUUCAGUCCGGCAUAAGGACUGGGAAGCAGCUAGCCUGUUGCUAACUGAAUGUAACAGAUUCCACCUACCAGGACCUCUAAGGUCACCAAUUGACAUGUCGUACACCGUAUCUGGUUUGUUUAAUUCAUACAAAUGCCAAAGUGUAAAAAAAUAAUAAAUCACCGACUAUUUUUUGGUCAGGACCAGUUGCCUGGCAACCACAGGAGACUUGACAAAGUUACUGGUCCUACCCAAGAAACAUUCCAACACAUAAAGUCCGUAAAACUGUGAUUUGCCAUUUUUACAAUUCACUUUUUGAGGCGAGGUAUAACAUGUUAACCAGUGAGCUUUAGAGGUGCUGGUAGGCGUUUUUUUUUUUUUUUUUUAACUUUCAGACAGAGCCAGAAUAGCUGUUUCGAAUCUGCGUGCUAAGCAUGAAGUUAGCUAGCUGCUGGCUAGCUUCAUGCUUAGCAUACAGAUAUGAGAGUGGUAUCAGUCUUCUCAUUUUACUAACUCUUGGCAAUCAGCCAAUAAAGCCGAAAAGCCUAUUUACCAAAAUGUCAAACUUUUUCUUUAUAUUUGAAUCUUACUUUUCAGUCCUCCUUGUAUGAUACUCCAAACUGGCAGGCAAACUGUAUAUCGGAGCUCUCCGCUUCUGUAGAACAUGCGUUACCAGUGUGUAGACUUAAAAAGGCACAUUUCAAGCUUUUCUUUUAAGACUCAUUUAUUUCAUUCUUUUUUAUGAAUAGUGAUUGCUCGUCUUAUGUAAUGAUAUGUUUAUGUAUUGGGGUUGCCUAUGACUGCGUUUCGGGUACGGGGGAAGCAAACAGAAAGGGAUGCACUCACAUAAGACGACAUACAAAGAAUUUUUUCUUACCUUUUUUUUUUCUUUAAUCAGUGUAUUUUUAUCCUUGGUGAUGGUGACAGGCAGAGGGCAUACAACAUCAGCAAACCCAUGUGAAGAAAAAAAAAGACCAUCUAUUUCGUGAGAAAGGUUCCUUUGUCUACUGUUUGUUGUUUUUGUUUUAUUCCCCUUUCUCAAAAGUGGUAGUAAAAGUACUUUAGUCUGUUUUCAGUCCUUUUUGAGUAAUUAUACUACAUUUUUGUUGAGUCUGUGGUCAGUGUACACCAGGCAUUGGCUGCGACAGGACAAUAAAGAUUUAGCCAUCAAAGAGGUCCCAAUUUUUACUGCAUGCUUGUUGCACUAAAACUACUCUUCCGUGAAAGAAUGAGAUAAAUCAGAUUUUUUUCCGUAGGCACAGUGAAUGGUCUCACAGCCACAGUUUUACAGAAGGAUGAAUCUUACAUUACAGUAUGCAAUUUAGUUCAGCUGUAAAAAGUUUUAGCGAGAUGUGUUCAUGUUUCUCGCUGCAGCACUAAUGCAGGAUAGAAUAAUUAUGAGGGACUUCUACAAUGGCUACUGUACCAGCGAGGAGUCAGAUCAUCUGUACAGUUUAAUGCCUUUGCCUGCCUCUUUCCCCUUCUGCCUGUCAGCCACAGUCAGACCUAAACGAUGAUCUCAUACACAAGCUUGUAUACUACUCAGAAUGAUGCUGUAUAAUGGCUAUGCAUUUGGUGGUAUAGCGUGAAUAUUUGGGACGUUGUAUUUGAUACUCUUCUUUAACUGUCAGUAACGUCCCUUCCCUGCCUGUGCUUUCUCUGUUCCAACAGUAUAAAACCUUUUUAUUUUAUUUCCAUUUUACAAGCUCAUGUUUAGUUUCUCUUUUAAAAAGCCAAGGAACUUUUUUUUAAUGCACUGUGUCUUCCCUCCUGAUGCAUUUCCCAUGUGCUGUACAUGAAAUACUAUGUGUGAAAAAUAAACCAAACUUGUG